AUGUCAUUCUUUGUAAACCAAAUUCUUGAAAUUGAACUACCUAAAUAUAGUGAACAAGUACUUGAUUUAAAUGUAUCUAACAGUAUUAUAGAACAAUUGAUGAAAAUACAAAAUGAAUCUCAAUUAAUUACACCACCAUAUACAGUUUUAUCCCAAAAGAUUACUUCUUGGUCAAUUUCUGCAAAAUUACAAGGAAUAAUAAACCAAUUUGAGGAUACAAUUUUGUAUCAAUUUCUAUAUAUUCUUUGUUCAAUUUGCUCUAAACUCAUAUAUCCUGAAAAGA